CUGUGCUUAAGUCUAUGUUGUCAAUUUAAAAAGUCUUCCUCACUUCUUUGUCGUCUGGAUUAAGUUAAAAAUAUUUUAAUGACAAUUUAUUUGUUUCUUUGAAAUCACAUUUGGCGAUUCUGAAGAAUAUUUUACAAUGCCUGAAAAUAAAGAUUUACUACAAUGUUAUAAUCGUGGUUGUGGCCAACUUUUUGAUCCUUCUAAAAACGAUAAAGAUGAAUGUCGCCACCACCCUGGAGCUCCUGUCUUCCAUGACGCCUAUAAAGGAUGGUCAUGUUGCAAUAAGAAAAGUGUUGAUUUCACUGAAUUUUUGAACAUAAAAGGUUGUACAGUAUCUAAGCAUUCGAAUGUGAAACCACCAGAACCGGAGAAAAAGGGUCUAGAUAAAGAUUUAGAGCAAAAGGAAGUGAUAGAGAUGAGGGCUCCAAUACAAACACCUCAAAUACCAAGGCCUCCAUUUGAGAGUCCCCUUGUGCAGUUAGAAGCACAAAUUGCUGAUUCACUCAAGGCAAUGGUUCAAAAAACAGUUCAAAAAGUAAAUACAGCUGAUGAUGGGGAUAUUACCAUCGGUACAACAUGUAAGAAUGGUGGUUGUAAUGUCUCAUAUGAAGGUCAACAAACUAACGAGUUGGUGUGUACGUAUCAUCCAGGGUGUCCAGUAUUCCAUGAGGGUCUCAAGUUCUGGUCGUGUUGUCAGAAAAGAACAACUGACUUUAAUACUUUCCUAAGUCAACCUGGAUGUACGACAGGUUUCCACAAGUGGACUAAAGAGGGUCCCGCUGCUGGUACUGUUAAAUGUCGUUGGGACUGGCAUCAAACACCUGACUACGUUAUUGUAAGUGUUUAUGCCAAGAAAUAUGAUCCAACAACGAGCUAUGUGAAAUUGAAUCCCAUACGACUUAAUACAAAGCUUGUCUUCAAAGAAGAAGGUGAUGCGACAUUUGAAUUGGAUCUCGAAUUGAGAGGUGUGGUAGAUGUGACGAGAAGUACUGCUUCAAUGUUAGGCACAAAAGUUGAGAUCAAGUUGAAAAAAGCAGAACCAGGUGCUUGGAGUAAGCUAGAUUUUCCAAGGGCAGAGCCAAAGAAAGAGACAGUAGUACCACAGUCGAUAGAAACUGCUCAGGAGGAUGAUUCUGUUGAUCUCUCUACAGUGGAAGCAAUACAGUCUAUUGGGAAAGUUAAUGUGGCGGAUUAAAUUAUACAGAAUUUAUGUACAAAAUGUUUUUCACUUUUUUAUUAGUGGAUAUGAAUCGUGAAGCACAAGUGUAUACUUGUAAUAUUGAAUAGUGAUUCUUUAAGUAUAGUAAAAAAUAAAAUAUGCAUUUAAU